CCCUCUCUGGCAGUGGUUUGCGCCUCACUCCAGCUGAUCGGCCCAGGAUUCCCCGGUGGCUCUGUCCGUCGUUGGCUUUUACGGCUCCCGUGUCUCAACGUCGAUUUAAACUGUUUUAAUUUUUACAGAGUCAGUGGCCGCUCGUGUCGGCAAAUCGUUCCUCGUCUAGUGAAACUCUGAAAGAUAAUCUGGCCGGGGUACUGACUUUGUACUUGUCAAAACCAGGGGAUCUAAACGCAAAUACGAGGCCCUCACUCCAUCCCCGGAUUCACCUGCUACGCAGAGAGCCUCACACGGAAGACAUCAUGGGGGACACGGGGAGCGAGGGCAGCAAGCCUCCGAGUAACGUUAACGUGAUACCCCCGCGCUGCCCCUGUGGUUUCUGGGGGUCGAGCAAAACAAUGAAUCUCUGCUCAAAAUGUUUUGCAGACAUUCAGAAGAAACAGCCAGACGAUGAUUGUGCCCCAAAGGCCUCCUCAAGCUCCAGUGGCAGCCAAGCAGACAUCUUCUGUAAUGAAACAAACAGCAGCAUUAGUCAGUCACUGAUGUCGAUGCCUAACACAUCAGAAGAUCCUUUGCCAGGAGAGACGGGAGCGACAUCUCUACCUGCUCAGGACGAAGUAUCCAGCACAGACACAGUCUUCAGUUCACUCUCCACUCCCACAAAACGCUCCUUUGAGUCAGCCGCUGUAAAUUGGAGACAGAGAUUUACCAGGAUAACAAAAGCCUCGGAGUCAGAAAGUGAUGUUUCACCCGAGAAGCGAGCAAGAGUGGGUGAGGUGCCAGAGGGUGAGGAGUCUUCAUCAUCAUCGUCAUCUUUGUCUGCAUCAUCAUCAUCAUCCUCGUCUCGCAGUGGCUCUAAACAGCGGAGCCGCAAGCGUUGCCAUCGCUGCCAAACCAAACUGGAGCUGGUACAGCAAGAGCUGGGUUCCUGUCGCUGUGGUUAUGUCUUCUGUAUGCUCCAUCGGCUCCCAGAGCAGCACGAGUGUAUGUUUGACCACCUGGGCCGCGGUCGCCAGGAGGCUGUCCUAAAGAUGGUCAAGCUCGACCGCAAGGUGGGGCGCUCAUGCCAGCGCAUCGGAGAAGAGUGCUCCUGAGCGGCCGUUCCCUCUGAAGAAUCUCUGUGUUCAGACGGUGUCUUAGCACUAACAGGGAUUUGAUUUUUUUUCCUUUCUUCUCAUUUUGUUUUUCAAGAUUUUUGCAAGUUUUUUGGAUACAAACCUCCACCCUUUUCUUUUAAAUUAUGCUUGCUCUUUUUAAAUACCACUGUUCCCCCUGUCGUUUUCUGCUUCUGUUGGCUUGAUCAUAUCCCUGCUGCUAAGAUGCCUUUUGGAAAAUCCAAGCCCAGGAAUGACAGAACAACGAAGAGCAAAGGAAAUAUACAAUUUCUUCACUUUUUUGCAAGCUCCUGACUACACAAGUGUGAGCAGAGUAAGAACGAAUAAAAGGAUGAAGAGAUGAAAUACAGCGCUUUAGUCAAAUGUUUGUCCCGGAAGCCAGUUUAAGACUAUACUCUUUACCUCAAAAACACAACAAAAAAAAACAAGAAUGACAAGAAGGAGGAGAAGGUAGAGGAAGGGAUGGUUACCCUUUGUGUACACUUCUGCUUUGGCGCUGUUUAUAGACUGCUCUUUACCUCAAAAUCCGACAGAGCUUGCUUUGUACUCUGCGCCAAGCAUAGACUUUGUGAUGCAAACUGAGCUAGCAAGCCGCAGUUUAGUCAGUGUCUUACCCCCCUGGCCGUCCACUACCCCUAAUCCUAAACUUUUAGAUACACAAACACCUGUUAAUCAUCCACCACAGGAUAUCAAAGCCCAUUCUUCAUCCUCCCACCAACUUGUAUCCUUCUGUUUUCCUCUGCAGGACACCUUUUACUCCUUUUGUUUGUUUCAAGAUUGUUCUGAAGGUGUUUCUGCAUUGUUGUGGAGGCCAUUGUGGACGAUGAAACUGGGGUGAUGUUGUAAGUCCAAAUUCAGAACUUGUGAGUGUGAGCCGGACUCAGACACAUUAUACUGGUGGGAGUGAGCUGGUUGUCCUUGGAUUGCUCACAGAUCUGUCUUCAACGUUGGGACGCGAUUGAUCAAGACUUAAUUUGUUGUGUUUUUUUCUCUGUCUUCCUCUUUUCAUCUCAGUCUUCAUCUCCUUAUUCUCCACAGCCCUCCCACAUGAAGACAUGUCCUUUUUACACCCAUAGUCUUUUUCAGCAACAUGUGGAUUAUGUGUGCUGGAUGUGUACAAACUUCAGGAAGACAACAUUUACAGGACACAACGUACUUUAAAGUGUGCGUAUGAUUUAUGACUGGACCUGAAAUGUCUGCAAUGUACACGUCCACACAUCACUAUACUUUUGCAAAUAGACACUCUUUUAUGUUGUUUUAUGUGCUCAGCUGUUGUUCACAUUGAGCACAAGCAGGUAAAAUCAAACACUGCUGUACGCUUUGAACUAAAGCUGAGAUGUCAGAGCGUCACUUAGAGGUUCCUGUUUAAGAUGGGUGAUUGUUGUUGUAGUUCAGGUUUCUUAUAAUGUCUUAGGCCUAUAUUUCAGUUAUCCACAUUUUUAAAGUCAUUUUUGGCACCAGCUUUGAUACAAUACUUCAUAUUGUUUGGUUUUCACUCCUUUUACCAGUACUUUAAUGUCCCUCCUUCCUUAAAUGCCUCAUGUUUUCAUUUCCAGCUAGCAUGAUGAGCUCACAUGCAUUCUCCUCUUUCUGCCUUUCAUUUUCCUUUUCUCAUCUUUCCCCUGAUUGAUUGCUCUAGUUUUCCUUGUUUCAUCCUCUCUUACACCCCCCUCCUACUCACUCACACACACACACACACACUUUUUUCUCGCUAUAGAUGAAGGAGGUGGCAUCAGGGGUGUGCAGAGUGCUAAAAGUAAAAAUCAGCAAAUAAUUACUUUCCAAAUGUGUAAGGAAUGAACAGAAAAUGCAUAAUGAAUGAAUAUUCUGUAUCUUAAAGCAAACCUUAUUUAACCCCUUUUUGCGUUUCACUUACACUUUAGUGUAGAGCUGCUUUUUUGGGGCUGUAAUGUGGUUAUAAAAUGGGAAGAUGAAUGUGGAAAAUUCUAUAUUUUAGUUUCCAUUGCUUUAUUUUUUGCUUCCUCUUUCCAACUUUUUUCUUUUACUGAAAGAAUAAACUGGAUUAGACAAAA